GAAGUUGAUGAUCAUACUCGUCUCUCGUCUCAUCUUAAACCAGGCUUCUGCUUUUUUGUGAUGGAUCGUUUGUUGCGACUUGGUGGAAACAUCCCUGGAAUUUCUCAGGGAGCUCCUCCGCCUCCCAAUGACGCUCCAGUUGUUGACACCGCGGAACAGGUUUACAUCUCAUCACUGGCACUUCUAAAAAUGCUGAAACAUGGUCGUGCUGGUGUUCCUAUGGAAGUUAUGGGUCUGAUGUUGGGCGAGUUUGUAGACGAUUACACCGUCAGGGUUAUAGAUGUCUUCGCCAUGCCUCAGACUGGAACUGGCGUGAGCGUCGAAGCCGUUGACCCUGUAUUCCAAGCCAAAAUGUUGGACAUGUUGCGGCAAACUGGACGACCAGAAAUGGUGGUCGGCUGGUACCACUCGCAUCCUGGCUUUGGUUGCUGGCUGUCUGGUGUCGACAUCAACACGCAGCAGAGCUUUGAGGCUUUGUCUGAAAGGGCUGUUGCCGUGGUCGUUGACCCAAUCCAGAGUGUGAAAGGCAAAGUUGUCAUUGAUGCUUUCCGACUGAUCAACCCCAACAUGAUGGUUCUUGGACAAGAGCCCAGGCAGACUACUUCCAAUUUGGGCCACCUUCAGAAGCCCUCAGUGCAGGCACUAAUUCAUGGCCUCAACCGUCAUUACUAUAGUAUCAGUAUCAACUAUCGCAAGAAUGAGCUUGAGCAGAAAAUGCUUUUAAACCUACACAAAAAGUCUUGGAUGGAUGGUCUUUGCCUUGCUGACUAUUCGGAACAUUGCAAAAUUAAUGAAAGCACUGUUGCUGAAAUGCUUGCUUUGGCAUCAAGCUACAACAAGGCUGUCGAGGAAGAAGAGAAAAUGACACCAGAGCAGUUGGCUAUCAAGAACGUUGGCAAACAGGAUCCCAAAAGGCAUCUUGAGGAAAAGGUUGACGCUGUCAUGACAUCUAAUAUUGUGCAGUGUCUUGGUGCAAUGCUUGACACUGUCGUCUUCAAAUAAAAACUUUGUCUACCCUUCGUGUGUUGGGAUAUCACUGAAUUUGGAGUGUCUCCUUCAAAUAAUUUAAUUUCUACCGUUUGUUCACGUAAAAAUAAAUGAAGUUUACUGCGCAAUUAAUUUUUCUUUGA